GUCAUAUGGUGCCCGCCGCGAGAGGAAUCCGCAAAGAUGAGCCCAGGAAGGCCGGAGUUGGGUUCGAAGAUAAGCCUGAUAUCGAAGGCUGACAUUCGUUAUGAAGGCAGAUUGUUUACCGUCGACCCUCAAGAGUGUACCAUCGCCUUGGCCAACGUCAAAUCUUUUGGUACUGAAGAUCGUGAAACCCAAUUCCCUGUAGCACCACAAAAUCAAGUGUAUGAAUACAUUCUAUUUCGUGGUUCUGAUAUCAAGGACAUUAGAGUUGUCAACAAUGUUAGCUCGUUGCCCAAUGAUCCAGCUAUUGUUCAGAUGACGGUGCAGCCGUCUAUGGGUCAGCAGUCCUAUCAACCUCAACCAGGUUAUGGUCACCCAAUGAUGAGUCAGAUGGGUCCGAUGGGCGCCCAGUAUGGACCUCCCUAUGGAAUGUCCAUGGGUACGAUGGGUCCGAUGAUGGGAAUGGGACCGGCACAAAAUCGUCAGCCGAUGACCAAACAGCCAAGUGAGUUGGGCCUGGGCCCCAGUGAGCCCAGCGCCAUCUCUAUCCAAAACUCGCAAUUGACUGCCAAUGUUGAGCCAUUGCCAAAAGAGCAAUCUCUGGAAGAUGGUGUAUUGGAUAUUAUUAGUGGAGGAUCACGUCCAACGACUCCAAUCUCACUUCUAACAAGGAAAAGUCCUACAAUGGACCAGGGUGUUCAGGUAGGUCAGCAACAGCAAGUUCAAUCUAACAAUAUUGGCAAGAUCGGAGAUAAGCAGAACCUUAGAAAUGUCCAAGCACCCCAACGAGAUCGGGAUAGUCAUGGAAGCGGGCGGACCAGCGGCAUGUCCCAGUACAGUGAAGGCAAACAACAGCAUAAGGAUGGUCCAAUGCACGGCAGUCAUCACGGACAGGGUCAGGGCGGUCACAUGCACGGACAGGGGAUGCGUAGUCGUGGGCCUGGUGGAGGUAAUGGUAGCAGUGGUGGAGGUGCCGGUGGUGGACAGGGCAGUGGCUGGAUGGGUCAGCGAGGUCAGAUGCGAGGUGGCAGGCCAGGAGGUGGCGGGGGUGCGGGUGGUGGUCGGGGCGGACGAGCUGGCACCGGCAAUUUUAGAAAUCAGCAGCCCGGCGGGACUGGCGUCAAGCCUAAGAACACACUCAAGUUCGACAAUGAUUACGACUUUGAACAAGCUAAUACAGAGUUUGAGGAGCUCAGAUCGCAGCUGGCAAAAGCUAAAAUUGAAGCUGGCACUGAAAAUGAGAAGAAGGAUGAUAGCGGUAAUGAAACGGGCGCAGGUGACAACGAACCUGAAGAGGAACCAGAAGUUGUACAUUAUGAUAAAGCAAAGUCAUUUUUCGACAAUAUUAGUUGUGAAGCUGUUGAAAGAAGUAAAGGAAGAUCUCAGCGAACGGACUGGCGGACAGAGCGUAAGUUGAAUUCGGAGACGUUCGGCGUGGCGUCAAUGAGACGCGGUGGCUUCCGAGGUCGUGGUUACUAUAAUCGCGGCAAUAUGGGUGGUGGCAUGUAUCGUAACAAUCAGCCUACUGGUAACCAAAAUUUCCGCGGCGGCUACAGGGGCCCAAGAGGUGCUGGGCAACGCAAACCGUCUAAUAACUCGGGUCAGCAACUCCCCAACAACGCCCAGUCCAAUCUGGGAUCAACGUCAGGGACUAAUAAUCAGAGCAACCGUAAUUCAACGAACAGCAAUAGUGCUGAUCAAACGACCAACGCAAGUACCAGUGCAUCAACGUCCUCGACUCAACCACAACAAAACAGCCGUCUUGUAACCGGCACCGCGUAAUCAUUUGCGUUUGCUCUUACGUCGCCGACAAGUGUCUCGACUCAUUUAUCACAUUCAUUAUAAUGCACACAUUAGCACGCGUGCAUCGCUGAUACACGAACUGUUAAACCUGUAAAAAAAAGGCUUGAAUGGGAGAAGAACAAAGAAGGAAAUAAAAUAGAUGCCAGGCUCUCUUCUCAUUCGCGUACAGUAUAAAUGUUGAAGCUGAUAGAUUAAUUAAUUGAUUUAUCACAGCUAUUUGCGUGUAAUAGUGCGAUUCAUAAUUAAAUUCAUUGAGCUUUUGUUCACAGCGAAAGCUUGGAAUUAUUAUUAUACAGCCGGUGAAUGUCGCAUUUACAAAAUCUACGAUGAUAAGUAAAUUGGCGGAAGCGGCAAAAAGUUGAACGCCCACGUGUGUGACAAAAAAAA